AUGUCGGAGGUUGAGGAAACUCUGGAACGAAUCAAGGUCCAGCCGGGCGUGGAAGGAUAUGUCAUCUGCGACAUGGAAGGGCAGGUUUUGCGUAGGUUUCCGACGAUGUCCCAGGAAACGGCCGAGAUCUACGCCGAAGCCAUGAGACACCUGGCUCUCAAGGCGCGCGGGGUGGUGAGGGACGUCAACCCAAAGGGGGAGCUGAAGUACAUGAGGAUCCGGGCGAAACGACACGAGGUUUUGGUGGCUUUUGGUGAGGAGUAG